AUGACACAAGAAUAUCCUCCCGAGUUGAGUAAAGAGCGACUUUUGUCUUUGGUGACUCAGAUCAAGGACUGGCAAGUGAACCAUGGAUCCUUAUUGAAGCUGAUUCGAACGGACAAUGAACAUACUGUUCUUUCUCAACCUGUGGGUGUCAGUUGUUUUCCAGCAAAGUUUCCUCGGGCGCGAUUCCAGCAAGCGUUGGAUAUUCAGAAAAUAUAUAAUAAGCUAUAUUGUGCGGUUGCAGAGGAUAAUGAGUAUAUCUAUAGUGCCAUUCAAGAUAUUCUUCCCAUCGAGCCCCUUGCGGCUGCGCUUUGGGGAAUCUAUGAUACCGCAAAGAAAGACGGAUCGGUGCAAGACAUCUCCGUAGGAAUUUUUCGGUCGGAUUACAUGCUUCAUGUCGAUAGUGCGAAUUCGACCAACUCACUUCACUCGAUGUCGAAUACGACUCUCAAACAGGUUGAGUUCAACUCAUUCUCCUGUGCUGGUGCUACCCACGCGAAUAAGGUAGUGGACAUGCACCGGUACCUGACCCGGAGUGGGGUUUACAACGAGGAAAUCCCAUUCGAUAUUGAAACAUUGCCUGUCAAUAAGAAUGUGGAGUCCCUAGUAUCAUGCUUAGCCUUGGCACAUGAUACAUAUGGUCCACCCAGAUCCACUCUCGCAAAGGAAACAGCUGUGCUAUUCCUUGUACAGCCAUUGAAUUUCAAUAUCGCCGACGAAAGACCUAUUGAGUAUGGUCUGUGGAACAGAGAGAGCCCGGUUCCAGCUUAUCGACUAGAAUUCGGAUCGGAUGUUCUCCAAUAUACACGCUUGACGGAAUCACGCGAGCUGCUUUUUCAGCCACCAUGGCUAAAGUCCACCAACCCAGUAGAAAUAUCGGUGGUGUAUUUGCGAGCUGGGUAUGAGACAUACGAGUAUGACCAGGUGGGCUGGAAUGCCCGUCUACAGUUGGAGAAGUCCACUGCAAUCAAGUGUCCCUCUCUCCUCGGUCAUAUGACGACUUUCAAGAAGGUUCAACAAGCAUUGACGAAACCGGGGGCUCUCGAGCGUUUCCUCACAGAUUCCGAAGCUGCCAUCAUUCGUGAGACCUUUGUUCCCAUCUAUCCUGUGGAUAAAUCUGAAGAGGGUCUCCACGCACGAGAUCUGGCGGGUAACCCUGAAACGGCGAAGGAUUACAUACUGAAACCAUCUCUUGAAGGAGGUGGUCAUAACAUCUUUGGAGAAGACAUCCCGGGCUUUUUGGCAUCCAUUCCCGAAUCACAGUGGCCUUCAUACAUAUUGAUGGAGAAAAUCCAAUCACCGAUCGCAUCAGGUCUCCUGAUGAGUCCGGCUGGGAUUGAUGGCGGGGAAAUUAUAUCUGAGCUGGGUAUUUUGGGGACCUGUUUGUGGCAACGGGCCAAGGGUGGUCGCUGCGAAAUGCUUCAUAACUCAGUUGGUGGAUGGACGUUCAAGACGAAACAUACAGAGGUUGAUGAAAUGAGCGUUGUGAAAGGAUAUGGGUGUUUUGAUACGCCGUACUUGGUUGAUACUUGA